AUGAUGUCUCCUACGGAACAAGUCCUCGUGUACGGAAGGACCCUGAACCCGGAGUACGAGUCAUUAGACAUGCUCGACUUGACUGCAGGACUGGACACCGUCUUCGCAGCUCUUAUUCUCUUCUUUUUCGUCGCCGUAAACUGGCACACCCUCACCUCUGGCAUCUCGUUCGGGGCCAAGCUGCUUGCAGCCGUUAUCUCUCCCCUCGAAUCUUUCGUCGCGUGCGUUGACGCGUUCAAGAGAUGGAUAGUUCAGAGCCAGAUGGGUCGUCGCCUUUCCGACCUCCGUAACUGGUAUUUCCCUGCCCGUCGUCCCAUCGCCAUGAUCUCGCGGGUUUAUGUCACAAUCGUCACUUUGAUGUGGACGAGUCAAGAUCUUCUGACGCCCGGCUACCAUGUCUUGUAUGGCAUGGCUGAUGGUAUGGGACCCGCAGGCUGGGACCACUGGGAGUACUGCCUGAACCUGGAUCGUGGUUCUCCGGCAGGCCGGUGGUCCAGCAGUCGGCGGCUCCAGGGAUUCCAUUGUGACGGAGUCGACCUCGGCGUGGAGUUGUUUUCUGUCUGGGAAGACUACAUCCCAACGUUCAGCGUUGGAGAUGAUAUUGAACACCUCCAGAUUUUCCGUUUCGUCUGUUUGGUUUUGGCCCUCGCCAGCAUUCUUGCCGGGGCUGUUAUCGCUAUCCGUCAUUCUUCUCCUGUCAAGGCCAUUGAGACGCUUUGCAGCUGGACACGUUCGAAGUCCAAGAACGGUCCUGAAGAUGAGGCACAGCACCAAGAUACAGUGUUGCUCGAGCAAGUUGGACUUCUUUCGGCCAGGAUUGGCACUUACGAAGCAAUGCUGGAUGAGGUACGAGGCCAGCUGGCCGCCAAAACCGAGCAGGCGAACGGACUGGAGGUGCGCUUUGACGAACUUCGGUCGAGAAAUCAGAUGCUGGUUGCACGUUGCGAAGAGGACAAGGUUGCCCAGCAAGAGAAUCUGAUCGCCGGUCUUCGUCAAGAGCUAGAUCGGGUCAACUGUCGCCUCAUAAUGGCUAACGGAAGAGCGCGGGGGGCGCAGUACAAGUCUGACUCACGGGAGCAGACUCUCACCAACCGUGUCGCCGAGCUAGAGGAGCAGCUGGCUCGCAACAGUGAUGAAGCGAAUGCCAACUCUCGCGGCAUUAUUGAAUCGCUUCAAGCAGACCUACAGACUCGGACCGAUGAGCGCAACGUGACGGAGGAGGAGGGUCUCCGCAAGGAUGCAGAGAUCUCUAGACUCCAGGAACUACUUCUGGUUCAGGAGCAGCAGUCUUACGAGCGGGCGAGGGAACUCAGCAACGUCGAAGACCAGCUUUCCAAGCAAGAAGUUGUGAUCCUGGAACUGGGCGCAAAAGUCCGGGCCUACGAGGCAGCACCCCAGGUGCAGGCCACGGAGCCUAACGCCGCAGAGAUCCGUGACCUGGAAGAAAAGCUUCGGUUUUUCCAGGCACAGUGUCACACGCAAGCAGCACAACUCGGAACCGCGGAGGUCCAAGUGAAUGCCCUGCAGGCCCAGCUCGCGGGACACUCCCCCGUGCUGGAGCAGCUCCGGAUCGCAGAGGCCGAGCACGUAAAGCUGGAGGCAGAGGGUCGCGCAAAGCAAGAAGAGAUCGACUUCAUGUUGCAACAGUACGACACACUCUUUGCCGAGCAUUUCGAGCUUACUGGACAGCAUAAGAACCUUUCUGAACAGCAUGAGAAGCUGCAGAGUGCGUUCAAAGGGGACGAUGCUGCCCAGGAAAUCCUGGGGCUGCGGGCCGAGAUCGAGUCUCUGAAAUCUGCGUUGGAUAGGAACAGCGCGGCCCAGGAAACUCUGAAUCUCCGGGUGGAGGUCAACGCGGUGAAGGCGGUCGCCGAAGAGAAGGUGAGGGAAGCCGAGGCGAAGGCGACAGAAGCCGAGCAGAAGAUGAUGGAGGCUGAGGGGGUCGCGAAUUUUCUCCGGCAAGCCGACGAAGGGCAUCGCAAGACAAUGAAAAGCCUCAAAGAUGCCUACGAUAAGGAGGUGGAGAGAUACGAUGACGAGGUCGCGGCGGAACGUGCGGCUGCCGACGAGGCUCGGAAGCAGGUGAAGGGCCUGGAGGAGGAACUCAAGGAGAUGUCGCGGCAAGUCGGCAUGGCCUCCAGGGAUGCUCAGCGUUUCCGGGAGCAGAAGGAGGGCACCGAGGCGGAGAGGGACAAGCUCACGGGCGUCAAUGACGUCCUUGAGCACCGUCUGAAGUUUUGGGAGAACAGGGAGAGUAUGCAAACGAUCCCCAAGCGCCGUACGGGCGACUUGGGGUCUCUUGCGACGGCUCUGGACGAGGCCAGGGUCGAAAUCUCCAGGCAGCAGACCGAGAUCAACGAUCUGCGUGCCAAACUCCAAGCUCAGACGGAGUCCGCCGCCUCAGCCGCUUCUGCUCCCUCCGACCAGGCCCUUCAAGACAGCGUCAACCGUUUGCGACAUGCCAUGGAGGUCGAGAAAAGACAGCGAACCGAGGACCAGGUUCGCUGGGGCCGGCAGGUCCAAGAGUUGCAGCAGGAAAACCAGCGGCUGCGGGUUUCCAUCUCCAGCGCCAGCCUGGGUCGCGGCCGCGGUCGUGGUCGUGGCCGAGGUGGUUGA